UUGUGCAUCUCCCCUUCUCCUUCCUCUCUCUCUCUCUCUCUCUCUCUAGAGAUUCUUCGGUAAGAUUUGCACCGCGUAUGCGUACAACUAUAUCAAAUCUUUCCAUUCAUCUGUACUCAUAACAAAAACCACGAUACGCAAAUCAACCGAAUCCAAAGCUACUAUAUAUUUUUUGAUUUUUUUUCCCCCACUAAAUUGCUGCUUCGCAUUUUCAAGGCGGUUCUUCCUCCUCUCGGGUAAACCCCCCCGCUCUCUAUCUACGACUUUCUCUCUCUAAAUAUUACUCUGAAAAUUUUCCCUUCGCAAUUUCGAAUGGAACUUUGAAUCGAAUUAUUGUCAAAGGUUAUCAAGUCAGUCUGAUUGAGUGUUGGCUUUGUGUCUGCUUGGGUGUAAGAAUAGAUGGGAAAGGGAGGAAAGGUUGGGAGCAAGCAACAUCGUAAUAGAAGAGGUCGGUCUAAAGAGGGAUCAGACGAAUCAGAUGAGGAUUAUACAGUGGGGGAAGAUGAAGAAUUCCAUGAUUCAGAGGAGUAUUGCUCGUUGGCCGGAGAGGAAUCAGAAGAGAGUCUAGGUGAUUUUGAAGAAGAAGAAGAGGAGGAGGAGGAGGAGGAGGAAGAGGAACAAAAGGUGAGCAAAAUUGGUAGGUCAAAAGGGCAGAAGGUCUUUCCAGAUCGGAGGAAAAUUGAGGUUGGCAAGUCUAGCAAGAAAACAAGGACUAAAGUAGAAGAUGAUGAGGAUUUUGAAGUUGAGGAAUAUGACGAUGAUGAGGCACACAAGAAAAGAUGGCCCAAAAUAGAAGAUGAUGAGGAUUUUGAAGUUGAGGAAUGUGACGAUGAUUGGGCACGCAAAAAAAGAAGGCCUAAAUUAGAAGACGAUGAGGAUUUUGAAGUUGAAGACUAUGAGAUUGGUAGGUCAAAAGGACAGAAGGUCUUUCCAGAUCAAAAUGAGGUUGGAAAGGCACGCAAGAAAAGAAGGGCUAUAGUAGAAGAUGAGGAGGAUUUUGAAGUUGGGGAAUAUGACGAUGAUGAGGCACGCAAGAGAAGAAGGCCUAAAGUAGAAGAUGGUGAGGAUUUUGAAGUUGAGGAAUAUGAGGAUAGUGGGGCACGCAAGAAAAGAAGGCCUAAAGCCGUAGAUGAUGAGGAUUUUGAAGUUGAGGAAUAUGAAGAUAAUGGGGCACGCAAGAAUAAAAGGCCUAAAUUAGAGGACGAUGAGGAUUUUGAAGUUAAGGAUUAUGAUGAUGUCGAUGAUGAUGAUGAGGAGGAGGAGGAGGAAGAAGAAGAAGAAGAAGAAGAAGGGCAAUUUGCACAAAAAAGAAGGGCUUCAUAUAGAGUAAAAGAUGAUGAGGAUUUGGAAGAUGAGGAUUUUGAUGAUGAUGACGACGAUGAUGAUGAGGAGUUUGCACCAGAUGAUAUUGACUUAGAUAAUGAAGAUGAGUUGAAAGUAAGGAAGAAGAAUAAGAAGGUAGGGAAGAGGCCUUUGUGGGAAAACGGUCAUGUCAAAAAGCGAAAGAGGAAGAGGAGUUCUAGGUUAAUGGAAAAGCCUAUUAGAAAGAAUCGAACGAAGAAUCUUGGGUUGCAGAGGAAAUCAGCUGCUACUAAUGGUGGGACAUUCACAGGGAAGAACCCAGUUGUGAAAGAAAAGAGUAAAAAAAGUUCUGGUCGGAGAAGGAGGAAGUUCAUGGCAGAUCCUGAUUCAGAUUUCACGUGUUCAGGAUCAUCUGAUUAUGAAUAUUCUGUUUCUGAGGAAGAGAGAGAACAGGUGAGAGAGGCGAGCACAUUUUGCAGAGAUUUGACUAUUAGUUUGAGGAAUCCAUCUUCAACAAAGAGAUUACAAGAAGGGGUUUUGGGUCAGCAACGAAAACGUUCGGCCAGAAAGGGCAAGGAGAAGGUAGAAGAAUUGAAGAUUGAAGCAGGGAAGCAGGUUUGUGGCAUCUGUUUGUCUGAAGAAGGGAAAACUACUGUUAGAGGAACAUUAAACUGUUGCACUCAUUACUUUUGUUUUGGAUGUAUUAUGGAGUGGUCAAAGGUGGAAUCUCGUUGCCCUUUGUGCAAGCAAAGGUUCGUGACUAUAAGUAAGCCCGCCAGAUCAAAUGCAGCAUUUGAUUUGAGGACCGUGGUGGUCCAAGUCCCAGAACGUGAUCAGGUUUAUCAGCCAUCUGAAGAAGAACUUAGAGGUUAUCUAGACCCAUAUGAAAGUGUGAUUUGUACUGAAUGUCAUCAAGGUGGUGAAGAUGCUUUUAUGUUACUUUGCGAUAUCUGUGAUUCACCAGCACACACAUUUUGCAUUGGUCUUGGACGCGAAGUACCAGAAGGUAAUUGGUAUUGCGAAGGCUGCAGACCAAUUGCUCUCAGUUACUCAAAUCCACAAGCUCCAAAUCUUACUCCAGAUCAAAGAACAUACAACAACCCCCCCAACAGAUCCAUUCCUGAUUUGAAUGUUAGGGAAGCUAUAGACCUAAACUCAGAGUAUGUGCCCGAAUCACCAUCGACUCAGAGUACUGGGGUUUUCUUGUCUCCUAGACAUCCUGUUGGGGAUUCUCAAGCUGGUUCUCCAGUUUCUGGAGUGGGGGUUUCAACUUUGUCGCAAAGGCGUAGAUUUCUUCAGCUACACCAUGUGCUAAAUAACAGAUUUGUUAGUAGGACUAAUUGGGCGUCCGCUGCAUCCUCUGGAAGUAACAUUUUGGGCUCUCAAAUAGAACCAGAAAGGUUGCCAUCACAUCAAACCAUUUCCCAGCGGAUAUUACCGGGCAAUUUCACCCCUUCAGCCCAGAGGUUCCCUCUUUCAUGGGCAACUUCAAGCCGCUCAAGGGAUCAACAAUUUCGGGGUCGAACUUCUACAUCUGGUGGUGGUUCUGUCAAUAGGAUGAUCCAAGCUGGACUUUCUGGGAUGAGUAGUGGUAUAAAUUCAAGAUCGGGUUAUGAGCAACUCCAUCCGUGUAGUACCAGCAGAUCAAGCAUAGCUGAGGAUAGCAUGGCUCCAUAUGGAUAUAGAGAGGUGAGCCACUUUACAUCUGGUGGUGGUUCUGUCAAUAGGAUGAUCCAAGCUGGACUUUCUGGGAUGAGUAGUGGUAUAAAUUCAAGAUCGGGUUACGAGCAACUCCAUCCGUGUAGUACCAGCAGAUCAAGCAUAGUUGAGGAUAGCAUGGCUCCAUAUGGAUAUAGAGAGGUGAGCCACUUUAAUGCGGAAAAGGAACAAGUGAGAUCAAUGGUUAGAAGUCAUUUAAAAAGCUUAUCCAUUGAAAUGGGUUUAGGCGACAGUACCUUCAAGGACAUUGCCAGGUACUCUACGCACACCAUUUUAGCUGCUUGUGGCCUUCAGCACCGAGGGAGCCACGUAUAUCUGGUGCAGCCGCCGUCAAUAUGUGACCAUGUUGAUGAAAUUGCAAGAGGAGAGAUUAGCCUUAUGAAAGGUUUUUGCUCAUCUUGCUUCGAUUCUUUUGUGAUGUAUGUAGUGAGGGAGAUCACAAACACAUCGGUUAGAGAUUGAUGUUUGUGAGAUAGCUCUCAAUUCUUUGUCCAUUGACUACUCCUUCAUACGUCAUUUUGCUUCAUAUUUUUUUCCCUUUCUUAUUUAUGCUUAGAAUUAAGACAGCAAUUUGUGGUUGAAUUGUCUAUAUGAUUACGGGAUAUUGAUUAGGCAUUGCUGUUAUUUAAUCAUUCAGAUGUUAGUCAUGAUUAGGCAUUGAAGUUGAAAUCUAUGUUACUGGUGGCAAUUCCUUCACUUGUUAUCAUGAAUUGCUUUUGAUUUUGAACUGGGUGAGUUUAGGC